GGUCACUGAUGGUGGCAAAAAUUUUGACCUGAAAACCGUUGUUGUCGACGUUUGGGCCAUGUGACUUUACAAGACGCCCUUUUUUCUCCAGUGUCUAUGCUAAUAUAAAAGGAAGGGCUUUGUUGGAGGACCCAGAAGAAAGAAACAGAUCAAGGAGCAAGGGCUUGCGAAGAACCAAAAUUUCCACAAAUGGAGCUUGCUUCCGAGAGAUCUGGUAACGGAGGAGGUGGACUCAAGGAAGAAAACAGAACUGAUGAGUAUACUGUUGCUGAUGAUGAAGAUGGUCCUCGUAGACAAGAAAUUAUUCUAGAGGAAGCACCCAUAGAGGAGGCUGGACCUAGCACAUCAGCAGACAAAAAGGAAGAGGUUGAUGAUCAACUUGAGAGCACGAAAAGUGAAAUGGGUGUGGUGAGAGAAGAAAAUGAACGGUUAAAGAGGUCUCUGCACAAAAUAAUGAAUGAGUAUCGGACACUGGAAAUGCAAUUUCAAGACAUACUUAAGCAAGGGACGAAAAGGAAAAACGGUAACGAAGAAGACACAGUAGAGGAAUCGGAUCUAGUUUCUCUGAGCCUAGGAAGAGUUCCGAGCAAUCAAAGAAACGAAGAGAAAACAAAGGUUUAUAAGGCAUUGAAGGAUGAUGAAGGGUUUAACCAAGAGUUGACUCUUGGACUAGAAUGCAAAUCAAAGUCGGGAAGCACAACUGAAGCUUUGCCUAAUCCAAGCCCAGAAAACAGUUCUGAAGUUCGAAAGGAAGAAGCUGGGGAAACUUGGCCACCCAGUAAGGACACACAGAAGGCAAUUAGGGACACAGAAGAUGAAGUUGCUCAGCAAAACCCUAUGAAGAAGCCACGAGUUUGCGUUAGAGCAAGAUGUGACACUCCAACAAUGAAUGAUGGAUGCCAAUGGAGGAAAUAUGGACAGAAGAUCGCAAAGGGAAAUCCUUGCCCUCGAGCUUACUAUCGUUGCACCAUUGCACCAUCAUGUCCAGUCAGAAAACAGGUGCAAAGAUGUGUCGAUGACAUGUCCAUUUUAAUUACGACAUAUGAAGGGACCCACAACCACACUCUUCCACCUUCGGCUACUGCCAUGGCAUCCACAACUUCUGCAGCAGCCUCCAUGCUUCUUUCUGGUUCUUCAACCUCUCUCUCUGUCUCAGCACCGUCAACAACAGCAACCAAUCUCCACGGCCUCAAUUUCUAUCUAUCAGAUGGUGCAAAACCAAGGCAAUUAUACCUGUCAAACCCUGCACUGUCGUCUUCACCUUCACAUCCAACCAUCACUCUCGACCUCACUUCACACCCAGCUUCUUCUUCCUCAUCACCCUUCGUUAGAUUCGCUUCAAACUACAACCAACCCAGAUACCCCUCUUCCUCAAGCCUAAGCUUCAGUACUUCCUCAGAAAUCAACGCAUUGUCUUGGAGCAACGGCUUCCUUACCAAUAAUAAUACUAUUCAACCUACAUACAAUAGCAGGAACAUACUUGGGAAUGUAAACUUUGGGAGGCAACAAGUGGAAAAUAUAUACCAAUCCUAUCUGCAAAAGAACAACAGCAAUAUUCCAAGCGUUCCUCAAGGUGGUGUACCGGCUGAUACUAUAUCUGCAGCAACGAAAGUGAUCACAGCAGACCCCACUUUUCAAUCAGCUUUGGCAGCAGCGCUCACUUCGUUUAUUGGUGGCGGUGUUCGAGGAAAUCAAGGAGGUAACAGUGUUGGUGAAAGUCCAAGUUUGGGUCAAAACUUGAAGUGGGGUGAGGUGUUUGCAGCGUCUAAUAAUUCAUCUUCUACCUUGUCUUGUUCAACUUCGAAAGUCAAUGGUUGUGCAUCGAGCUUCUUGAACAAAACGCCAGCAAAUAAUACACAGACGAAAAGUCUGGUGUUUCUACCGCCGUCGUCUUUACCGUUUUCUACCCCCAAAAGUGCAUCUGCGUCUGCAUCUGCAUCUCCGGCUGAUAAUAGCGACACCACCAAUUAAAUAAUUGGUGAUUUUUCUAUGACCGGCUACUGUAUUUUUUUCUUGGAUUAUUGAUGUAAUUAAUUAAGAUAUGCUAAGUAAAAUUCAGCACAAAACACGUAAAUAAAUUAUGAACAUA